UCAAAAGAUCGAACUCAGAGACAUGAGCGGAGGACGCGUCCUUCACCGGCGAUCUCCUUCCCCUCUCCUUCUGGCCUUGGCAUGGGCAGUGCUUUUCGUCCCAUUGUCUGACGCGCAGCUGGAGGUCGGGUUCUACGACUACACCUGCCCGAGAGCGGAGCAGCUCGUCCGCACCGUCGUCCGCGCCGCCAUCCGCCGCGACCCCGGCAUCGGCGCCGGGCUCGUGCGCCUCUUCUUCCACGACUGCUUCGUCAGGGGGUGUGAUGCGUCCGUGCUCCUGGACGCGGUCCCUGGCAGCGACGACGCCGUGGAGAAGGCGUCGCAGGCGAACAGCCCCAGCCUCAGGGGCUACGGCGUCAUCGAGCGCGCCAAGCGCGUGGUCGAGCGGCGGUGCCGGCGCACCGUAUCCUGCGCCGACAUCGUGGCCUUCGCUGCGCGCGACGCCAGUGGCGUCCUGGGGGGCAUCGAGUAUGAGGUGCCGGCGGGGCGGCGCGACGGCCGCGUCUCCAACGCGUCGGAGGUGCUCAACAGCCUGCCCCCGCCCUUCUCCAACGCCUCGCGUCUCGUCGACAGCUUCGCCGCCAAGGGCCUCACGGCCGACGACAUGGUCACGCUCUCCGGCGCGCACUCCUUCGGCCGCACCCACUGCUCCGCCAUUGCCUUCCGGCUCUACCCGCGGGUCGCGGCGGACAUGGACGCCGCCUACGGCAGGUCCCUCCGGACGCGGUGCCCGGCGGCGACGGGGCGCCGGGACCGGGUGGUGCACCUGGACCCGGUCACGGGGCUCCGGCUCGACAACCAGUACUACAGGAACGUGCAGACGCGCGAGGUGCCGUUCACGUCGGACGUGACGCUGCUGACGCGGGAUGACACGGCGGCACUCGUAGACCUCUACGCGCGCAACAGGACGGUGUGGAUGUCGCGGUUUGCGGCCGCGAUGGUGAAGAUGGGCAACCUCGACGUGCUCACCGGCACCCAAGGAGAGAUCAGGAGGUUUUGCAACAGAGUUAACUAGUGCAUUCGAUCUGCAGCUGCUUCGGUGAAU